GAUGGCUGAAAGCAACACUGAGAUGGGAGAAAUUUGCAUAGAUUCCCAAAAUGAUCAUCAAGGCAAUCAGAAGGCAAAGGAUAAUCAGACAACGAAAAAGGACUUUACGGCGUUUAAUCUCAAACCAGAACUUCUACAAGCAAUGGAUAAGUUAGAAAUCAAAUACCCUAGUAAAAUUCAGAUGGAGUUUAUUCCUAAAGCAAUUUCAGGAGAGAGUUUCGUCUGUACAUCUAGAGCUGGUACGGGAAAAACUAUCAUAUACAUUUUAUCAACACUUCAACACUUAAAUCCUAAAGAUAAUCAAAUUUCCAUACUAGUUUUGUGUCAUACGAGAGAGUUGGCAUUUCAAGUGAGCAGAGAAUACGAACGCUUUUGUAAGUUUAUGGAUGGAAUUCGGGUUUCAUAUAUAUGUGGCGGAAAACCAUUGAAGAAUGAUGAAGAGAAAAUUAUGGAGAAUAAACCACAUAUUGUUGUUGGAACUCCUGGCCGUUUGUGGGCGCUUGUUCAAAGAGGAAUAUUACAUUUACAUAGCGUAGAACAUUUUAUACUGGAUGAAUGUCAUGAUCUUCUUUUAGUAAUAGACUUUAGAGCGGCUAUUCAGAAAAUCCUUCGUUUGAUACCUAAGCGGCAACAAAUUAUGUCCUUCACCCCAGUAAUAACAGAAGAUCUUCAGUCUCUAUGUGAAAAAUACAUCAAAUACAAUAACAAACUUGAAUAA